UUUGGAAUCGUCGCCGAUAAGAUGACACGGUGUUUGCCGAGGAAUCAUUCCCCGGCGUUUUCCCCCGAACGUUCGCAUUUACAACGCUCGUUGCGCCGGCAUAUAAAUUUUCGGGCGGCGGCGCGAUCCGAGUGGAGAGCGGCGCGCAACGAUGCCGAUCGGGGCCGCCGACUCGGGCGACGAGCGCCGAUCGCCCGCGCUUCUCCUCGACUCCGACGUGGAUAGGAUCGUGGAGCGCAAACUGGGCACCGACAACUUCCGCGUCUCGAGCUGGAGUUUGGACAAGCUGGGCGAGACGAACGGAUUCCUGGGCCAGUACUACACCCUCCGGGUUGCGGUGGAGGGUGGCGGGCGCCUGAGGUUCUUCGCGAAAACGCCGCCGCCCACCUCCAGCCCCCAGUACGACUUCCUCGUGCGGCACAACACGUUCAACAAGGAGAUCGACGUGUACGGUGAGAUAAUACCGGAGAUGGGGGCAGGGGGCGGGGAGAAAUGGCUGCCCGACUAUUACCUGGGCAAGAACGACCGCAUAAUAGUUCUGGAGGACGCGGUGGACAGCGGCUACGCGACGCUGGACAAGUACGAGACGUACGAGAAGGAGCAUUGGGUGCUGCUGGCGGGGGUGAUCGCCACGCUUCACUCGAGAUCGCUGGUGCUGGACGAGAGGCUGCGACGCGGCACGGGGAGGACGAUGCUGGAGGUGUACGGGCACCUGCUGGAAGAGGUGGCGUUCGUGGAGAGCGAGCCGUUGGCGGGCAAGUACCUGUCCUCGUGCGUGAAAGGCGCCUGGGCCAUGGUCGAUAUGAAGGAGGGGCUGGGCAGGGACGAGGCUGCGGCGAUAAAGGAUUGGAUAGGCGAGUGGGUGCCGAGGCUACCGGAGAUCGUGGUGUCGUCCGACAGGUGGAGGAACGUGAUGUGCCAUCGGGACUUGUGGUCCAACAACAUCAUGUUCAAGAUGGACGGCGAGGGUAAACCGAGCGGCUGCUACCUCGUCGAUUUCCAAUUCCUGCGCUACAGCCCGCCCGCCUACGAUUUCGAGACCGCCCUCCUCCUCACCACCUCCAGAGCGGUGAGGCGCGAGUUCCGCGACCUGUUCGUCGACGUCUAUUACGACACGGUGAGGAGGGAGCUGUCGAGCGAGGGCCUCGUCGCCGAGGAGUGUUUGCCGCGGGAAGAGUUCGAGAAGAGUUGCGAGGAGGUGAGAACAAUGGCGUUGGCGUACGCGGUUGCCAACAUGCAGAUAAUGCUGCUCUCGAAGCAAGCGGUCGAGGAAUAUUUCGUCGGCUCGACCGAGAAACUGGAGCACUACGUGUACGGCGAUCGACGCCCCGAUCUCGUCGAGAGCGAGUGCCGCGCCACCGAGAUGUAUCGGACGCGAAUCACGGAGGUGAUCGAGGAAAUCGGGGAGCACAUCGCCUCCAAGGGAAAGUGGCAGGAGAGGGGCAAGUGAACCGACGGAUUGUCGUGUCUCGCGAUAUUUCGCGUGGUGCUUAAAGAGGAGAAGGACGAAACGGCCGGAAUCCUUUGCCAGAGCUUCGUAAGAGGAUCGUUAUUUGAUAGGAGGAAAGUAGGAGUGAAUCAGCCAACGUUCUGCCAGCACGUCGCGAGCAUCUCUUGCUAAUAUCUCGUCGAGAAACGUUUAAUAUCUCUCCCUCGGUACGAGAAUUUUCUUUCGUCUUCUAUUCCUUCUAUUUCUUUUCUUCCUUUUUUUGACACGCUUUUUGAUAUUCCAAAUUGUUGUUCAAUUACGUCGUAACAUCAUCGUAUGUACAAUAACAACAUGAUUGUUCGAUUAUAUUCGCUUUUCAAACGCGAAUUUGCUCGAAGAAUCGUAGCGUAUUUUCGAAAGGGCUUUUUAUACGUACCAGUACACUUGCCCUUUCGUUGAUUAUUAAUAACGUUUCGCAAACAAGAAGCGUAGUACGCCAGAAGUGCUUUUAUUGUAUCGUUUAAUCUCGUUUCUCCUUCUCUCUUCCUUUCUUUCUUUCCGCUCCGUUGUUCCGCUCAGCUUCCUUCCCCCCCCUCCCCCAUGAUUUGCCUGUCAGCGAUACUGUGCACGAUAAUAAAGUAAAUAAAGUCACGUAUGUGGAA